AUGAUUCUAGACGCCAUUUCAAAACUAUCAAACUUUGGUAAUAAAUCAACAGUUUCUUUAUCUAUUCAUCAACAGUGGAACCAUGGUUCAAAUUUAAAUAGUAUUCAAGGAAUUACAAUGGUAGCUGAUGACAAAAAAUCACCAAGAUCUGGAAUCUAUAAUAAACCAAAAUGGGCAUUUUGGUAA